AUGAACAUGGUGGGCAAAGUUGGCAGCUUUUUUGCCACGCCAUUUCAUCCAUUUGGUGGGGCAGUUGACAUAAUCGUGGUUAAGCAGGAAGAUGGAGCCUUCAGGAGCACGCCUUGGUAUGUUCGGUUUGGUAAAUUUCAGGGGGUUCUUAAAUGGUCGGAGAAGGUUGUCCGGAUAGAAGUUAAUGGAGUGGAAGCUGAUUUUAAUAUGUAUCUUGAUAGUGCUGGUGAAGCAUAUUUUGUUCUGGAAGAUAACUUUGACAAGGACAAGACGAAUGAGGGUUUGAAGGAUUCUGAUAAUCUUGAAGGCACCUCAGAGAGUUAUGGCAUGGAUCACACUUAUAAUGACAAUACUUUAACAAACAAUAGUUUUCAUAGACAAGAGACUGAGGAUUUAGAUAAUGAUGAGGUAGAGGUGCGAGAUGAACGUGUAACUCUUGGUAUGGACAGGUUAAAAAGGACUGAAUCCGAUAAUGAGCGGAUGUUCUACGAUUUUCAAGAUGAGCAAUCAUCUCAGGAGGGUUCGAGUGAAUUAUUGGAAUAUGAUUCCAGUGGAUAUGACAAUCUAGAUAGUGUAGAGCAUGUGAUAGAAUCAGAGAAUUUGAAUUCUAAAGUAGUUCUGGUAAGUGUAGAUGGCCACAUAUUGACAGCACCCAUUUCAUCAUCUGAGAGGAAUACUGAAAACGUGCAACAGAACACGCCUCAGCUUCACGUCAGUCCAGAUGAAGGGACUGAAGGCGAAGAGUAUCACAAAGGCGAAUGUUCACGGGAUGUUGGUUAUUUGAGUGAUCAAGACGCAUCCACAUAUAAAGUUACUCCUGGAAAUGAAUGCAAGGUAAACAAUGGCAGUCUGGCUUCCAAAUACGAGCUGGAGCCUGGUGAAGGAGAUGAGCAUUUCCAUCAAAUGCAAGAAAAUCAGGACAAAGCUAAUCAAGAUAGAAAUCUCUGCCUUGAUUGUAGUUCAGAAAGUAAGUCAAGUAGUUUUAAGAGGGACGAGGUAUUCAAAAGCUGUUUGGAGCUCCCAAAAUUGGCAGUGCAGUCUAUAAAUGGCGAUCAGCAAAAUAUGAGGGCUUCAUCCGAUAUUUCUGAGGUUGCUGAAGAUCCACAUGAAAAUUCCCCUGUAACUUCUAAGACAUUUGAUGAAAAUGAAGAGGGGAAUCUUCAAAAAUCAAGAAAUGAUACUGGAUUAUCUCCCUCAGAUUCUGAAUGCACCAGCAAUGUGCCUUUGCCAGAGUUACCGGUUGAAGUUGCAGUCCAUGAAAACGAUGCAUUUGAUACGGAUCACAUGGAUUCUGAUAGCAUGCCUUCUCAAGAUGUCAUUAAUGAACAGGAUCCAGAGAAGCAGAUGGAUACAGAGGUCGCAGCCAAAGGAAUGCAAAGUGUCGAGGAAGCACCUACUUCUGUAGAUGGAAGCUAUAAAGCCAAAGACAUUGAACCUGAUACCGAAUUGCCAAGCCAAGCUAUGAGAACAGGCUUAGGGACAAGGUUAGAGGUAUCUCUCUGUGGAAACUUGCUUUACACUGGUAUGGGUUUGGGUGCAGCAGCAGAAGCCUUUGAUACGAACUGCAUAUCUGCUGAAGAACUUCAACUUUCUGCCACAUCAAUUGUUAAAAAUGAAAACUUGAUUGUUAGAAUACGAGGAAAGUACUUGCCAUGGGAUAAGGCUGCACCCAUCAUUCUUGGUAUGGUAGCUUAUGGUUUUGAAUUACCUGUUCAGCCAGACGAUGCAAUUCCUGUGGAACAGGGAACACAAGAAAUGAAGGAAGAUGAUUCUGGAUUGGCUUCUACUCCUUCUGGACGCAGAUGGAGCUGGCCAAACCCAUUUAGGAAGGUUAAGAUGCGUGAUCGUUCUGGUAGUAAUUCAAUAAAAGAGGAGAUCUUUGUAGAUUCUGAAUCCAUCUCAAGGAGCCAACCUGUAGAUCUAACAUCCACACCACUUAGUGCCAGUGAGUCUCCGCGUAAGAAACUUACAAGAACUAAUGUCCCUACUACUGAUCAAAUAGCAUCUUUGAAUCUCAAAGAGGGGCAGAAUAUGGUUAAUUUUAUAUUCUCUUCAAGAGUCCUUGGAUACCAGAAGGUUGAGGCUCAUAUAUAUUUGUGGAAGUGGAAUACACGGAUUGUAAUUUCUGAUGUCGACGGGACAAUUACCAAGUCAGAUGUCCUUGGCCAGGUUAUGCCUUUGGUUGGGAAGGACUGGACGCAUUCUGGAAUAGCUCGUCUCUUUUGUUCAAUAAAGGAGAAUGGGUAUCAGUUAUUGUUUCUGAGUGCACGCGCAAUUGUUCAAUCAUACUUGACUAAAAAUUUUCUAUUCAAUCUUAAGCAGGAUGGCAAAAGCUUACCCACCGGACCUGUUGUUAUUUCCCCAGAUGGCUUAGUUCCUUCAUUGUACCGAGAAGUAAUAAGAAGGGCUCCUCAUGAAUUCAAGAUUGCCUGUUUAGAGGGUAUCAAAGCACUUUUUCCUCCUGAAUAUAAUCCAUUUUAUGCGGGUUUUGGAAAUCGAGACACUGAUAAACUCAGUUACCAGAAAAUUGGGAUCCCAGAGGGAAAGAUCUUUAUUAUUAACCCCAAGGGAGAGGUAGCCAUUAAUAAUCGUAUUGACGUAAAGUCAUAUACUUCACUUCACACACUAGUAAACGACAUGUUUCCACCAUCACUGGUUGAGCAGGAAGAUUAUAACACAUGGAAUUACUGGAAACCGCCCUUGCCUUCCAUUGAUGACUUGUAG